AUGGGCGACGUAAACCCAAGUUUUGAACCUGAAAUCAUUCAUGUCGCACCCAGAUGGCGAGUCCGUCACCCUUCCACGUCAUACCUCGCGGGUUUGCUGGACUAUCCCGCCUCUUACAAGAAGUUCGUUCAGCAUCCCUCAGCCUCUUGGGUGCGACAGGCUCGAGACCUGCUUUCCUUAUCCUGCAAUUUCCAUGCCACGUCGGUCGGUUCGUUCCAACAUGGCGGUAAUGCAUGGUUUCUCGAUGACCAUUUAGAUGCAUGCUCAACUGCGUUGACCGACACGCGGCGCAAGAUCCCGGAAGCCCUUUUCAUCUUGUACGAGCUUGACGAUCCAACAAGUUUCACGCUUGACGGGCUGACCACGGGCCCGUGGAGUCUAGAAGCGACGGGGCUCCGAUGCAUGGCUGAAGAAGAAGAAGAAGAAGAAGAAGAAGAAGAAGGCGGAGGCAAAUUCUGGGAUAUUGGCGUGGCUCUGUCUGGAGGUAGUACUACUGUCGAAAUAAUUUGUCAAGUCUAUGGAGAGAAAUAG